AAAUUUUGUUGAACUUGGUAUAUCCAGGAUUGUUACUUGAAAAUAAGUCUCAGUUCUCAUUCUGUGAAUGGGAAUGACCUGGCUAACAUGUGGAACAUUUUUUAGGGAGUUUCAACUGGAAAGCAUUACUGCGAUCUUAAAACAAAAUGGUAGGGUAGUUUUUUUGGAAUGUGUCGAUCAGUUUCAGUGAUGCAUUUUACAGUGUAGAUUAGUUUCUUCGCAUUCCUCUAGAAGACCAUGGUCUUCCCUUCUUUUGCGUCCCCCUCCCAAUUGUGAAAAACUUGUCAUAGUGUGCCUCAAACUAAGGGAGGAUGAUUCUCUGAUUUCCUUGUAGCUGGUGCCCGGACAUGAACCCUUCCAAUGGAUUCUGCCAGUAUACAAUGCAGCCCCUUACUGAGAGCGAUGAGGGCAAGAUGUCACAAAACCCACCACCAAAGGGAAGUAGCCGCACUGCCAGGAAAGAAGCAGGUGACAGUGGGACUCUUCCUUCAGAGGACCAGCAAGAUAUUGAAUCCUCCUUUCUCAAUGAUACGCUAAGAUUUCCACCAGACGUUCUCCAACCCAGUAUGAAGUUUAAUAACGCCUUUACUCCAAAGCCUCCCCGGAAGCCAAGGCUCGAGCGAACCUCCUCUCUUGAUGAACUGAUCUGGCGGAGGAGGCGACUCCUCAGAAUGAGCCAGGAGAGCUUGAGCGAUGCUGCUGAAGUGGGCUCCUCUGCCAGGUCCCUGCAGGAGGGGGGGAGUCCUCCUGGGUGGCUCAGACUUGCCUCCUGUGGCAACCAUAACCGAGACCAGGAAUCUCCGCGCAGCUCGUGCAAAGCCUCCGAAACUCCCCGCAUCGGGCAAGGCAAGUUCAGUCUUUCUAACUCAUGUGAGAAGAUGUCUUUAUGUAACGAGCUGCCCAACGUAACGCCCACCCACCCUCCCCCCUCUCUGGAAAUGGAUGGCUCCUUCCCUGCUCUGAGGACAGCUAAUAGGAUUGACCCGGAUUGUGCACAUUACAGGCCUUGUUCCCGCAGCGUGUGCGCAAGGGCAGGCAGCAGCUGGAGUGACACCAAGCUGCACAGCCGAGGGAUGGUCUGUGGCAACUGCUCCAGGGCCUCCAUGAAGUCUACCUUCAGCCUGCUGGCACCCCUCCGUGUCAGAGAUGUGCGGAGUAGAAGUUACUUGGAAGGCAGCCUGCUAGCCAGUGGUGCUUUGCUGGGAGCAGAAGAGCUAAACCGUUAUUUCCCUGAUCGGAGUAUUGGGAUCUUUGUGGCCACCUGGAACAUGCAGGGCCAAAAGGAGCUCCCUGAGCUGCUGGAUGAUCUGCUGCUUCCAUCAGACCCUGACUGUGCCCAGGACAUGUAUGUGAUCGGGAUCCAAGAAGGCUGUCCGGAUAGGCGAGAGUGGGAGAUCCGCCUGCAGGAGACGCUUGGUCCCCACUACGUCAUGCUGCAUGCAGCUGCCCACGGGGUGCUGUACAUGUCGGUCUUCUUGCGCAGGGAUCUCAUCUGGUUCUGUUCAGAAGUGGAGUAUGCCACAGUGACCACUCGCAUCGUGUCCCAGAUCAAAACCAAAGGUGCCCUGGGAGUCUGCUUUACUUUCUUCGGCACAUCCUUCCUUUUCAUCACAUCCCAUUUCACAUCUGGAGAUGGCAAAGUGUACGAGAGGGUGCUGGACUACAACAAAACCAUCCAGGCUCUUGCGCUGCCCAGGAACAUUCCGGACACCAACCCCUAUCGCUCCAGCCCGUCAGACGUCACGACCCGCUUUGAUGACAUCUUCUGGUUUGGAGACUUCAAUUUCCGCCUGAAUGAGGAUCGGGAGGUGGUGGAGCAGAUCCUCAGGCAAGGCCUGGAAACGGACAUGUCAAAGUUGCUGCAGCGUGACCAGCUACUGAAGGAAAUGGAUAACGGGUCUAUUUUCAAGGGGUUCCAAGAGGCUCCCAUCAGUUUCCGUCCUUCCUACAAGUUUGACGUUGGCCGGGACACCUAUGACACUACUUCCAAGCAGAGGACCCCUUCAUACACAGAUCGAGUGAUAUUCCGAUGCCGUAAUAAGGGCGACAUUCAUGCUGUAAAAUAUUCUUCCUGCCUUGGGAUGAAAACAUCAGACCACCGGCCUGUUUAUGGGUUGUUUCGUGUCAAAGUGAGACCUGGAAGGGACAACAUCCCCCUUGCUGCAGGUCAGUUUGACCGAGAGCUGUAUUUGAUUGGCAUCAGGAGACGGAUCACAAGGGAGCUUCAGAAAAAGCGGGCUCUAAAGGACCAGAAAAGCAGCACCGUCUGUUCUGUUUCCUGACCUUGGAACGCUGCUGGAAGAGGAUGUGCCAGGCAGCUGCCAGCCCAAGUCUGCAGGGAAGAGCCCUGGAGCUGAGCUCUGGUGACUUGUUCUGGGCUUGUGCAGUUAGGUCCUCAGGCUCAUCUUGGUGCUGUGCUGCAGCACUUGGGGGAGAUGAGUGGAUGUCUUGGGUCAGAAGCACCUGCCUAUUUGAUUAGGUUUGAUGUUGUAGCAGGUCUGUCGAGGGACAGGGAUGUCUGUUUACUGCGUGACACGCUGUUGUGGCCCAUUGCUGCUGCUUUGUGAGACUGUUGCCUGAAACAAGGGGCCUGACCACCACACUGGGUCUGGGCAGCCUUUGUGCUUAGAACCAAAUGCACAGAACUUUCGGCAGGUGCCUCUUGGGAACAGUAGUAAGUUUCAUGCUUCCUUCUGUCCUCCUGCGUUUGCAGCCACAUAGCAGAAUAAGCAGGGGGAAAGUGAAAUGGGUGCUAAUUUGAGUAUUCAGAGCACCCUUUUAGAAAGAAGAGUAUGUUGGAGUUGACGCCCUGGAGUGGGAGACCGAAGAGGAGGAGGCAGCCGCUGCUCUCGAGCCCUCUCCAGACUUCCAAGGGCUCCUCAAGUGCCUCCCCCGAUCCCGGAUGAGAACCAGCCAAGGGCCAAGAGUGCUGGGCCAAGUUGGCUUCCCCGAGACUGUUUCUUCUCAGUGGCAACUUUUUGAAAGGUUUUGCCGGUUAGCGAAGAGGCGCAAUGCAAGCCUUCCUAAUAUGGAAACUGCUUUUCUCUGGCAGGCUUGUGCCACUGAAGUGUCCCUUGCAAAGCAGGGAUCCGAGGGACCUUUGUGUUGGCCUUUGCCUUUUUCCCGUGUUCAGAUGCUUUUUAUUCUGGAUCAUAUUUGUGUCCAGAAUUCCUUUUAAUAAAUACAAGU